CACAUUCCCUUAGAAUAAAAUAUCUUUUCCUAUGGAUAUGCUAAUCUUGCCAUCUUUUUUGCUGCACAAUUUACAUCCUUUCUAGCAUCAUUCCGUAACUGCAAGCUCCCCAACUGUGACCCACAUGCAGUCUCCCACAGAGUGGCUUAGUUUGAAAAUGGAGAAUGAAGGGCACGAGAGGGAGCCAAAAGAUUUGGUAAAGGAAGAAGAAGAAGAGGAAGAAGAAGAAGAUGGGUUGCUUGUUAGAAGCUCAAAGUCCAAUGCAGAAAGGGGAAUCCCCAAAGUAGUGAAAAAUUGCCAUGCUGAGAAAAGUGGCUAUGCAGAUUUACUCUCUGUGACUGAAAAUGGAGCUCAAGAAUCAACCUUUGACGGUGACCAAAAAAGGGUCGAGGAGCUUGUUAGCCCUACACAAGUCGAUAGAGCUGAAGAAGGAGCUCAUCUCAAAGAUUAUCUGCCAAGACUACAAAGUUGUGUUUCCUAUGACAAAGAUGAUGGUGAGAAACAAUAAUCUAAUAAUGUCAUCUUUUUCUUUUUUUCCCUUUAUUUUCUGCUAUCUUCUUCUUGUUCUUAGCUGUCUAUUUUUGUAGGGCAGAGAUUUUUUUUGCUGUUCUUCUUAUACCCCACUUCAUCCCUUAAGACUUACCCCGACCUCAUAUCUCAAUUUUUUUUCAAUUAAAUUGAGGGACCCAUUCUUCGGCAUUUGCUGUUCUUGUUUAACUCAUUUGAUUUGCCUAAUCCUGUCAAGAAUCAAGAAUAUACUCAUAAUUUCAAUCGUGCACAAUGGAAAAUCAAUGCCUACACAAUCAAUAAAAGAAUGCAAUGGUAGAAAUGCAUCACACGUCUCUGUCAACGGGAGUCUGUUUUCUGAUCUUGAUUAUCCUCAAACUCUACCUCAAGUACCUAGUACAUUUCAGACAUCAUCAACUGUUGAAGAGAUAGAAGCAGUUGCUGUUGACGAGAUAACUGAUAGUGAAAUUGACCCAAAUGAUUAUGAUGUCGAGAGUGUGCUCCAGAAGCAGAAUACUCACGAUCUGUACUGCCCAAAUUGCUAUUCCUGUAUAACCAGAAGAGUUAUUCUUCGUAAAAGAAAGCGAAAGAAUCGAAUUUCUAGUGAAGAUGCUAAGAGAAAUAAAUUUGAGUCUUCAUUUGGAUCUGAACAUGAAGCUUAUCCGACGCAAGUGACCAGUGAUCAUGGUCAUGAUGAUCCUCUUAUCAAUCUCGAGGAUACUCCGAUAUUAGAUGACUACAAUAGUGAAAGAGGGGUAUUUAGAUGUUUAUCAUGUUUCAGCUUCUUUACCCCAACAGAGAGCGGCUUCAAGUUGUUCCAAAUUUUUGGUGAGAAAGGUGGCAAAGAAAAUGCGAGAGAUGAUGAAGGAAUGAAAAUGAAGAAAAGUUGGUUUUCUUCAAUUUUUGUAUCAGAUAAAGGAAGAGGGUUUGCUGAUCAAGGAGCGGAGAAACCCAAUAAUGAAGAAACAAGUCCACCUAUUCAUGUUGAGUGUCAGGAAACUGAAGCUAAUAGCUUAAUUUCUCAUAACAACGAGCCUAAACGAGUGGAAAACAAUGUGAUGGGCACAGUCGGUAUAUCGGACCGUGCAAUUAUUGACAAGCAAGGGAAUCUGAUCAUCAAUCACUUUAAAGUAGAUACCAAUCAUCAACUAAAUGUAUCAAAGGAAGUCAAAGUAAGUGGUGCAAUUAAUGAGUCACGGACUGGAGAUGACAUAAGUCAAGUUAUUGCUGAGAGACUUGUAGAGGGUAGUUUGUCAGCAACCCAAACUGGACUGAAGGUUUUGGUAACCUCAGAUGCACAGUCUUUGAGUCUGGGGAAGAAGCAAGCUGACCAAUUAUGCGAUAGGGAAGUGCAAAACAAAAGUUCAGAUGAUGAAGCUGUAAUCUCACUGAUAUCACCAGUUUCUGUACUUAAAGGAUCAGAAGGUGUUACUAAGUUUGAUAUUUCAACAGAUGCUCAUGAAGAUAAAGGGAGUAAGACUGCGUACAUCCGACCCCCCUUACCCCACCGUAGGUGUAAGCCUUUGCGGCACUGCGGUAAUGAUGAUGAUGAUGAAUCAGGUAAGGAUACCAUUAUAACUGUAGAAGAAGGGCCCACUGCUUCUGCAGAAUCAGUUAAUGUGCCACAUCUAGCCACCCAAAUACAUGAGAUGGAGCAAGGAGGCAAUGCAAGAGAAGGGAACAAAAUUGAAAUAAUCAAAAGCAUUGUAUAUGGUGGUUUAGCCGAGUUAAUUACAAGCCUAAGCAUUGUGUCAUCUGCUGCUGGUGGUGAUACUAGUACAUUGCACAUUCUAGCCCUGGGCCUCGCUAAUUUAAUCGGGGGAUUUCUCAUAGCCCUAAAUAAUCUUUGGGAGUUAAAGAAAGGUUGCAUUGAGCAGGCAUCUCACCAAAUUACGGAGCAACCGGAUCGGUAUACAGAACUGCUUGGCAAAAGAAAGAAUUUCAUGAUCCACACCAUUGUAGUUUUGCUCUCAUAUACCCUAUUUGGGUUAGUGCCUCCAACUGUGUACGCCUUCUCGUUUCGCACAAGCAAUGAUGUCAGGGAACUCAAGCUAGCUGCAGCUGCAACGGCUUCACUACUAUGCAUCAUACUUUUGGCAAUUGGAAAGGCCUAUGCCCAAAGACCGCCCAAACCUUAUCUUAAGAGCAUCACAUUUUACGUUGUUUUGGGCC